UUUUCGGCGUUGGGCCUGGCCAACAAGAAUCAGCCGGCUGUGUGGUUGCAUGCGAUAUCAGCCAUAGUGAUCAUCAUACAUUUGGAGACUGAUGAUGUUGUACAACAGAACAAGGACGUCGCAGACAUUAUCGUUGCAAUCGCCAAGUCAGUCAAUGCCAUGCGCACUUGGAGCCCUAAUACGAAGAUUGUCGUC